AUGAGUCUGUAUACCAAGGUGUCCCUCAAGGAGCGACUAUGCCUGAUCACUUGGAGCUGGUAUUCAAUGUGUGUGGCCACUGGUGGCAUCGCAGUCCUGCUUGCUAGGACGCCUCACCAAUUCCACGGACUCGCAGUCAUUGGGAAAAUCGUCUACAUUCUCAACCUGGUUCUUUUCACUGUCAUCUCCUGCUGCAUGACCCUACGCUUCAGCAACAGACCAGCAGAGAUCAAAGAAUCCUUCCAACGACCAACAGAAACCUACUUCUUCCCAACUUUCCUGCUAGCAAUAGCAACCAUCAUCCUAGGCGCCGAAGCCUACGGAACAGAUGUCUGCGGCCCCUGGCUCCAAGUAGCCCUCCGCAUCGUCUUCUGGAUCUACGUUGCCUUCUCCCUGUGCGUAGGAAUCUUCCACAACUGGUACCUCUACAGCACAGUCAUGGGUCAAAAGCAACACUUCCCCCUCCCCCGAGUCCUCCCCUCAUUCCCAACCAUGCUCUGCGGCACAGUAGCCUCCAGCAUAGCAGGCAACCAGCCUCGCGAACACGCCCUGCCAAUCAUUGUAGGAGGGCUCACCCUCCAAGGCUUCGGUAUCAUGAUGUCAAUUCUCAUCUACGCCGAAUACCACUACUACCUCAACAAACAUGGUCUCCCUGAACCAUCCCAAAGACCAAAGAUGUUCAUAGCCGCAGGUCCAUGGUCCUUCACAGCCCUGGCUUUCAUUGGAAUGGCAAAGCACGCAGUCGAGAAAUUCCCUCCCCGCUACAUCAUCUCAGACGCAGUCCCCUCAGGAACAUUGGCCAUCAGCACAGGCGAAAUCGCCCUGAUCAUCGCUUCCCUCACUGCAAUCUUCAUGUGGUGCAUGGCUUUCUUCCACAUGUGUGUUGCCAUUCUAAGCAUGUUCUCCAUGCUCCGGUGUUUCGGGGGUCCUGGUGCUGCACCAAUGUCAAUGUCAUAUUGGAGUAUGGUUUUCCCCAAUACGGGCUUCGUUAUUGCGACUAUCAGUAUUGGGGAGGUUUUGCAGUCGGAGGGUGUUAAGUGGGUUGGUUCGAUUUUGACGAUUCUUCAAGUUAGUGUUUGGUUGGGUGUGGGUUUGGCUACUGUCUAUGGUGUUACGACACGUCGUAUGCUUUGGCCUCAGGAUGUUAAGCGUUCAUAG